AUGUUCGUCUUCAACUGGUUCUGGGAUUUGCUUAACUACCUCGGCCUCUCUCAGAAGAGCGCGAGGAUUUUAUUUCUGGGUCUCGACAAUGCUGGAAAAACGACACUCCUUCACAUGCUCAAGGAUGAUCGCGUUGCUCAGCACGUCCCCACUCUUCAUCCCCAUUCCGAGGAGUUGAUUGUAGGCAAAAUCCGUUUUAAGACCUUCGAUCUGGGAGGCCAUGAAACAGCCCGUCGCAUUUGGAAGGACUACUUUGCUGCUGUUGACGCGAUCGUCUUCAUGGUGGACGCAACCGACCGCGGUCGCUUCCAGGAGGCGAAAGAAGAGUUGAGCCACCUCCUCGAGACGCAAGAGCUCGCAAUGGUGCCGUUCCUGGUGUUGGGGAACAAAAUCGACAAGCCCCAGGCUGCCUCUGAGGAGGAACUUCGCCAGCAACUCGGCCUCUACUCCCACGUGACUUUCGGCAAGGACCGCAAACCUGUUCCGGGAGUCCGGCCGGUGGAAAUCUUUAUGUGCACAGUCAUUAAGCGCAUGGGAUACGCGGACGGUUUCCGGUGGUUGUCGCAGUUCCUCAACUGA